AUGGAAGACUAUAACCAGACUGUGGUAUCCGAGUUUAUUUUUCAGGGACUUUGUACUUCAAAAGAACUACAGAUUUUUCUCCUGUUGCCAUUUUCCAUCCUCUACCUGAUGACUGUGGUAGGAAACAUCUUUGUUGUGAUAUUAAUCAUCAUUGACCAUCAUCUCCACUCUCCCAUGUACUUUCUGUUGGCUAAUCUCUCAUUUGUUGAUUUCUGCCUAUCCUCAGUAAAUACACCCAAACUGAUCAUAGACCUCCUAAAAGAGAAUAAAACCGUUUCUUUUGGAGGCUGCAUGAGCCAGAUCCUCUGUGUGCAUUUCUUUGGAGGGGGUGAGAUGGUGCUUCUUGUAACAAUGGCCUAUGACCGAUAUGUGGCCAUCUGCAGGCCACUCCACUACAGCAGCAUCAUGGACAGACAGAAGUGCAUCUGCCUUGUUUUGAUAUCAUGGGUCAUUGGAUUUGUACAUGGCAUGAGUCAACUGAUUCUGAUUUUGGAGCUACCUUUCUGUGGACCUAGAGUAAUAGACAGCUUUUUCUGUGAUAUUCCUUUGGUGAUGAAAUUAGCCUGCAUGAAUACAGAUACUCUAGAAUUCAUGAUAAAUGCUGACAGUGGUGUUUUAGCAACAACUUGUUUCAUUCUCUUGCUGAUAUCUUACACUUACAUUCUAUUAACUGUUCAUCUUCACUCUAAAGAUGGCUCAUCAAAGGCACUCUCUACAUGUACAUCUCAUAUCAUAGUGGUUGUGUUGUUCUUUGGACCUAUCAUUUUUAUCUAUCUAUGGCCAGUCAACAUCACUUGGGUAGACAAGUUUCUAGCUGUGUUUUAUACAGUCAUCACACCGCUCCUGAAUCCAGCCAUCUAUACACUGAGAAACAAAGAUAUUAAGAAUGCCAUAAAGAAGCUAAUAAAUCACAUGUGA